AUGUGCAUGAAACAUACUGUAGAAGAUGUACAAAAUGGAUCCCCUUCUGGAAUAUCUCCAUCUAACCAGCAGAGAGCAUUAGUAAGGAUCUCGAGUUCACACCCAUUCCCCCCUUCCCUCCCUGGUGGUCCUGCAACAAUGAGUCAGCAUAUCAGCCAGUCAUGGUUUUAUGUACAGAAUCCCAGAGUCCUCCAAAAUAAUGACAUGGCUUCAAGCCAUGGAGCACAUAGCUCAAGGACCAUGCAAAAAAACACAAAAACUGGUGAUGUGAUUGCCAGCUACUAUGGUACAGGAGGUGUACUUGAAUUACAGGUUACUGAAUCUCAAUGGUUCGGCAUUUUGAUGCACCCAGACAUUGAGGCUCUGCCAUACUUGGAGGCUGAUUCUGAGAAAUCAGUUGUUGAGGCCCCUGAAGUCAUUGUCACACAAGAUGUCCAGAUGAGUGAAACAAUGAAUGAUGAUACAAAGCUUGUGGCUUGUGUUCCUGUCUUGCAAGGCAUUCAGACAGAUGCACUGUCUGAAUGCAUUUCACAGGCUUGUCACUCAUGCCUUAAAAGACUUCAAGGCAUGCUGCAAAUUGAGCUGUCUGCACCAAAACAGAUUCAGACCAUGGCAACUGAGCUGCAUGUAUUCAAGGCUGCUUUGCAAGAUGCAGGCUUUGAUCCUUAUAUGCCUGGCCAAGUCAAGGAAGCUGUCAUUGAGUUACACAUCAAGGAAUCUCACAUUGUGAUGCAAUAUGCCAGCAUCAAUCUGUGGUCAUUCUGCACCAUCAAGUAA